AUUUUUUUAAAAAAAAUAUAUAGAAUGGAGACGGGAGAAAAUGUUGUAUGGGAAGGUUCUUCUGUAACUUCUAUUCAACAUGAGACAAAAAUUGGUACUUCUAAUGAUGAAAUAGCCGUUCCAAAUAAUCUAUUAAAUAAUUUAGUCGAAAAUUUGGAAGAAUUUGAAGAACGAAUGAACUUUGAUAUAGAACAAGUUUAUAAAAAAUUUGAAGAAAAGAUUGUUACUCAAUCAAAGUUAAUUGAAUCUUUGAGAGCUCGUAUUGAAUAUUUGGAAAUUGAUUCUGUUGCUAAAGAUGAAGAUAUUAAGAAACUUCGACAUGAAAUUCAUGAAACAAUUAUAAUCGCAAAAACGAAAAAUACUAUGAAUGAAAAUGAAUUAAAUGUUCAAUUUACCGAACCGUUGAAUGUAGAAUCUCAUUAUAAUAUUCAAAAUAAAUCAGAAACAACAAUAGAAUGUAAAAAAUGUGGAAAAAAAUUUCAGGAUUACGCAAAAUAUCAUAAACAUAAUAAAGAAAAUCAUAAUAAAUAUAAAUGUAUAGUCUGUCAACAAGCGUUUCCAACUAAAAAGGGACGUAAAAGGCAUAUGAGAAAAAAUCACAAAAAAGAUUUUCCCUGUAAUUUAUGUAAGAAGAAAUUUUAUUUAAUAGCUGGGUUAAGAGAGCAUUUUCGUGCGAAGCAUUCAGGUGGAAAAUUUUUUCCAAAAGCUCCAAGAGCAUCACAUCCACCAUCAACAUCAGUGACAUCACCACUCGCUGUUGUAGAAUUUAUUCAUGAAAUUUUACCUUACCAACUUCCAACAAACAAAAUGCCUCCUUAUCAAUUGAGAUGCAAAAUUUGCAAAGAAAUAUUUGAUACUCAUUCAAAAUUUAACACUCAUGCUAAAAGUUUACAUGAUUGUAAAUUCGCAUGUCCCGACUGUUCUCAAGUAUUUCUUUCAAAAGGUUUGAGGAAGAGUCAUGUGAAAAAAUCUUAUAGAUGCCAAGUUUGUAAUAAAAGUGUCAUUAGUGAAGGAGGUUUGAUAAGUCAUUGUAGACAAAAACAUGGUCAAAUGAGUAUAGUAGACAUUUAUUACGCAGCAAUGGGAAUUCAACUUUCCACUUCGCAAAGUCUAUUUUCCGAACAAGAAAUCAUUUUGAAUGAAUUGGAGAUUACGCAUGAAGGAGGUGAUAACGGAUCAUUUGACAAUGAUCAUACAGAUGAAGAAUCUAAUGAUGAUGAUUAUGCAGAAGAGGAGGAAAAUGAAAGAUCUGAUGAUACUGAAGAUGAAAAUGAUUAUACCGAAGAGGAAAACGGAAGAUCUGAUUACGAUGAUACUGAAGACGAAAAUGAAAAAUCCGAUGAGAAUGAUAGAGGAUUUUGAAAUUUUGACGCGAGAAAACCUUAGAACCCGUACUAAAAACAUUUCAUUAAGAUAUAAAAUUGCGCAAAACAAACAAUGUAUUUAUUUUAUUUUUAAUUACAUUAUAUUUGUAUAAUAUUAUUUCUCUGAUAAAUAAAUUUAUAAUUCUAAAAAAAGAUUCUUCGUAAAAAAAACUCAAUCUAGUAAUUAUAAUAUUCGGGAAAUUUGGUAGAUGCCUAAUAUUAAUUAUAUUAUGUAAAUACUAAAGAUAAUCGGAUUAGCAGUUGAUCCAUGUUUCUUUGCAUAUUCACGGAAUUUAUGACGUCAAAUCGUGGAAUUAUUUUCCUCUCCAUAGUUUGUCAUGUGAACUGGACAUAUGACACCAAUU